UAGAUAGAUAGAUAGGUACUCGACUAAGCCCUUUAAGGCGGUGCUCCAGCAUGGCAGCUGUCCAAUGAUGGAAACAAGUAAAAGAUAAAAGAAGAGAGGUAUAAGUGUGUGUGUGUGUGUUUAUGUGUUUGUGUGUGUCUGUGUAUACUUACACCCCUACCAACAAUUCCUGUUGCCUCUUCUGAUUUUUAUUUGAAACGAUGAUAAGAGGAGAGAACGGGAAUUGAACCAGAAUAAUUUAACGGCAGCCAUUCCUGCUACUAUUAUAAUCUCCGAUAUUAGAUCCGGUCAGGAUGGAUAAGGAUAAAGAGAAAGAGAAAGAAAAGGAGAAGGAUAAAGAGAAAGAGAAAGAGAAAGAAAAAGAAAGAGAAAAGGAUAAGGAAAAAGAUGAGAACGAAGAGGAAGAAGAAGAAGAAGCGAAGCAGGAAUUGACUCCCGAAGAACUCGCAGAAAGAGAACGGAAAGAAAAAGAAAGAAGAGAACGGCUGUAUCGUCUGCUUAUUGGAUGUAUGCAAAACCUGCCUUCUCUUGGAUCGAAAAUUGUCCGUAUAUUCACGAGUUCAACAUUUACAGACACCACAGUGGAGAGAAAUGCAUUGAUGGAAAGAAUUUAUCCGAAAAUCAAAGACUUCUGUCGUGAAAGAUACGGACUUGAAUUCCAGGUUGUCGACAUGAGAUGGGGAGUCCGUGAUGAAGCCACCGAUGACCACAUGACCACCCAGUUGUGUAUGCAGGAAAUUGACAACUGCCAGCGUCUGUCGAUGGGGCCGAACUUUGUGGUUUUGCUCGGACAGAAAUAUGGCUACCGCCCUAUACCGACGUUAAUUUUAGCCACAGAAUUCGAAAUGCUAAGAGAUUGCAUCAAAGAAGAAGCGUCCGAACUGGAGCUUUUGGAAAUGUGGUAUAAAAGAGAUGACAAUUAUGUCCCACCUGUUUAUGUUCUGCAGCCGAUCAGCUCCAUUCUGACCAACUUUAACAAUAAGCGCCACCAACGUUUACAAGAAGCUGACCAAGCUACAUGGUGGGAAACGUUCAGCAAAUUAACAAAAAUUAUCCGUAAAGCAGCUCAGGUGUUGUUUGUGACGAAGAAAAUCGACCGGGAACAAAUGCAUAACUUUUUUAUGUCAGGUCAAAUAAUGUCAAAUUUGGCUCAUAUUUGUCUACUUAACCCAUCUAUCAGUUUUAACGUAUCAUCAUGGUUCACUGGGAACAAGAAGCCAGUGAUGAUCCUCCGAUUUCUCGGUACAACACCCUGCAGUUCCAGUAUUGUCCCACUGUUGACCACCUUGAGCCGGCAACUCAGCUACAUCUAUGACAUUCAGGAAGAGGAGGUUCCGGACGAACUGGCGCCUCUCAUACAGCACUUCAAGAAGGUUAUGUGUUCAGCCACUGCUAAAAAACCGUUAAUCAUUUUCCUCGACUCCCUAGAUCAAUUAUCGGCUGCUAGUGGGGCGCACGAGCUCUCGUGGGUGCCUCGAAAACUCGCUCCGAACGUCAAACUUAUCGUUUCAACAUUGCCCAAUUAUUAUAAUAUCUUGGAGAAUUUGAAUACCAUUGUGGAAUCGAAGGAAAACUACGUGCAAAUUUUACCGUUGGGGCACAACCUUAGUAGCACCAUUCUUAAACAUUGGUUGAAAAAUGCCAAUCGAAACAUAACGAACGAACAAUGGGAAGUGGUGAAUGAGGCGAUAUCAAAAUGUAAUUUACCUCUCUAUGUUAAACUGGUUUUUGACGAAAUCUGCCGAUGGAAAUCUUAUAAAAAACCCCAACCGAAUCAACUGGGGCAUUCAAUUCAUGAUAGCAUCACGAAACUUCUGGAAAAAAUCGAAAAUCAACACGGCAAAACACUUGUAGCGCAUGCCCUGGGUUAUAUAACAGCAUCGAAGAAUGGGCUUUCAGAAACGGAACUCGAAGAUCUUUUAUCGUUGGAUGAAAAAGUUCUUAAUGAUGUCUAUCAGUACCAUUUGCCACCUACACGCCGCAUUCCGCCUUUGUUGUGGACGCGGAUAAGAAACGAUUUACCUGGGUACCUGAGUGAAAGGGAAGCAGAUGGAGUAAAUGUUAUAGGUUGGUACCACAGACAGUUCAUUGACGCAGCUAAAGAACGCUAUUUGAAGAACUUGAAUUUUGUGAGCGAAAUACACUCAAAUCUGGCAGAAUAUUUCAUUGGAACAUGGGGGGGUGGUAUUCCGAAACCUUUUGAAUACUCCGAACUUCAACGCCAAAGGUUUAACCUAGACGACAAACACGGCGAAGGAGAUCGUAAGGUACCCCUGCAGCCACUUGUGUUUAAUAAUGCCGAAGGUGUAAUAGUAACCAGGUACAACCUGCGUAAACUUAGUGAGUUACCAUACUCGCUCAUUCGAUCUUAUCGUUACGAGGAUUUAUACGAAAAAGUCAUUUUCAAUUACCGUUGGCUCCACGCCAAGCUUAGUUCAAUGCCUCUGCAGUCGCUUCUGGCAGAUCUGGAAGACCUCCUAGAGCAUACUUACGACAAGGAGGUAAAACUCAUAGCAGACGCUAUCCGUUUGUCAAGUUCGGUGCUAAACCACUACCCAGAUAUGCUCGGCCCUCAGAUUAUUGGCAGACUUUUACCCUACUAUAAUUCCCACCAAAAAAUCCACAGCCUUAUCGACCAGUGUGAAAGUGAAGGCUUAAAUAACUGUGCACUCAUUCCGGGACAUCACUGUUUACAAACGCCCGGCGGCCCUCUUCAAUAUUCUUUAGAAGGUCAUCCGUUCGCCCCUUUCGGAAUUGCCGUUACUACAGAUGGACGCUACGUAGUUUCUGUUUCCAACAAGUUUAUCAUAUGGGACUUGUCUUCUGGAGACGUGGUACGAACCGUUUCCCCUAAAAUUGAGGGCAUCAUGCAAAACUUAUCCAUAUCCCCUAGUGACAAAUACGCUGUCGGUUACACAAACAACAAACAAAUAGUUAUUUGUUUAAUUUACACCGGUGACUAUUACAUAAUUAACGAACCUGAUGGAAAGUUCAAAGGUCAAGUGCUCGGUGCCACAGUCUCAAACUCACACUUGGCUGUCUGGAAGGAGAAAGAAUGGUAUUUAAUGACUAUCGAAGGUAAAUUUCUUAACAGUUUUGAGUCUGAACUGAAGAUGCCGAUUCUGUUGGUAACGUUUACAGAAAAAGGUAAUAACUUGGUGUUCUUGAAAAAUGAUGAUGAAGACAACAAUGCUAUGACUCUUGAAAUUUCUGACCAUUCUGUCGAACCAUUUGAAUUCCACAGUGGAAUCGUUUUGACAAAAGAACAAACUCGUUUGUACACCUGCAUUGAAAUAAGUGAUAAUGCCGUGGUUUCCUAUAAGUUGAGUGGCAACCGUUGGCGUUACGAACGGACCCUAGACAAUAACACAGAACCGGUUUUCUCAAUGGCGUUGGCCCCCGACGAAGCGUACCUUCUUGUAACAAUUCCAUUUGGUUACAAGUUGUAUGAUCUGAAGAAAGACACGCAAAAAGAUCUGAAGCUGCCACAUGGCGUUCGAAAUAUUCCGACUAAAAACCAAAUUUUUAGUUUAUUAGCGUUCACUAAGAACAAUCAUUUUGUAGUGGCCGGAGUCAGGCGGAACCUGUAUGUCUGGGAUGUGAAGCAAGGGAAUAUGGUGAAAGUACUGGACGCACAUUUUGGACGUAUUAUCGCUAUGGACGCUGUCCGCGGCAAGAACAAUAAAGUGAUCUCUUCUUCGAUUGACAAAACUAUCAAAGUGUGGAACUUUGAUAACAUUCUCGAAGAUGUUCAUUCGAUCGAUCGUCUGGAGAAGCCAAUAGAAUCGAUGAAUAUUGCUGAAAAUGUCAACCUUUGUGUUACAACGACACGAAAUGGUGUGGGAGUGUGGGACAUGGAACGAGGUAAACUGGUGCAUAACUUACCCGGGGGGUCGCACAAUUCUAUCAUCUCGAGUGCCCUCAUCACGAAAGAUGGCAAAUACGUGGUGGUUGCCGAAUCGGUCGGGGUGGUGGUGUGGGACGCCAAAACUGGGAAAAUGAUGAAGAAAAUUGCUCAGGCCAACACACAAGUAGUCCUGCUCAAUGAUGAUAAUACACGAGUAAUUAGUUUUUCGGUGGUCAGUGAAGAGAAGGGCCACGGUUCCUGUUUCAUAUUUCCAGACGGAGACGAAGUUUAUAGAUUUGAUUAUGCGAUGAAGAAAUUUCUCAAGCCUGUACUGACUUGUAGCAGUCUUCAACUCGCGGUUCCUGCAACGGACAAAAGCUGUGAUACCAUUAACAUCUACAAUGCCAAAACUGGACAUCUCCAGUUUACCAUGCAGUUGAAAUAUUCUAACUACAAAGACAUACAAGAGGUAGUGGCCAUGCCGCACGAAGCACACCAAAUUGCAGUGGUCGACAGUGAAAAGGGGAACAUAAUUGACCUGAAGAAGAAAACUUUAAUCCGUUCUGUUAUGCGUUGGAAUGGAAUGUCAACGAAAAACGGUAAACACGGAUUGUAUGCUCCUUCAAGAGGAGGCAUGGAACUUCUUGAGUUGAAACACGGCAAAACAAUUCGGACGUUUAUUCCAAAAGUCGCUGAAGGAGUUUUCAAUAUCCAAGUGUUCUUCGCGAAGAAUGACCAACACGUGGUGUAUUACCAUUCCGGUCGGAGAACGAUUCGCGUCUUCCGAGUAUCUGAUGCCAAAAUGAUAGCCAAUUUCAAAACGCAUGCUGCAGUAAACACAAUGGCCUGCAACGCUCUGGGAACAUCGAUUGUGAUUGGUACCGUUGAUGGCAGUGUGACAUUGCUAACCAUUGCGGACCCUGAGUAUCAAGAAAAUUUGGACUACCUCCGAGCGCUACCUGCCCGACAAGCACUUCCUGUGCAGCCCCCUCUUCUUGAUGCCAAUGGCGAAAUCAUUUCAAGCAAAGACCAUUUUGGGGCAACUUUACACAUCAGUCGAUUUGUAGCUAAAGCUGGCAUCGCAUCACAGAAACAACAGUCGAAGGCUUGUGUCCUAUCUUAAAAGACCUCGCUCUAUAGAAAUUAUUCUAAGUUGCAGGAAAUGACGAUCAGAUUAAGGAAGCUGCGAUGAAUACCAGAAUUAUCUAUCAUCAUCAACAUCAUCGUCAACAUCAUCAUCAUCAUCGUCAUUAUCAGCGUCCUCAUCGUCGUCGUCAUUCUUCUUUUUCAUCUGUCUUCUUCAGUCUUCCUCCUCCUCCUCUUCAUGUUGAUGGACAGAUGUCACAUGACUUCUCCAGGAGGGAAUUGAACUCACUAUAAAAAUAAUUUGGAUUUUCAGCUUUGCUAGAAAUUGAACCAGCUAACUACCGUCAAGUGCCGCUCACUAACGUCAACUAUCGUCAACUACUGUUAAGUAACAUCAACUGACCUCUGCUACCGUCAACUAAUGUCAACACCGUUAACUAUCGUCAAUCACCGUCAUAUGCUAUCCAGUAACGUAACUAACAUCUACUAACGUUAAUAUGAAUACCGUGAAUUACCGUCAGUUAACAUUAACUAACGACAGUUAAUGUCAACGACAGUUAAUGUCAACGACAGUUAAUGUCAACGACAGUCAACUACAACCACCAACUUGCGUCAACUGCCGUCAAAUAACUCAAGCAACGUAAACUGCCGAAGCAACGCUUCUCCUUGUCGGUUCCACAACCACCGAUAUAGGAUAUGUCUUUUAUCUAGAACUUCAAGUUGAAGUUGAGUUGGAUGUCAGUGUUUGAUUCUGAACCUAUGUCUUUCGACUCGCGAGAUAGAAAUUCUUUAUCUACACUCAUUCGUUCUAGUUGGAUUAAAGAGUAACCAAGUUGUUGCUGUUGUUGUUUAAGACUUGGUCGGUCCUGACUGUGCGGGAAUUUGAUCAAAGUCUUUCCAGCCGUAACUAGUAAGUUUGUGUUCAGUCCACACACACACACACACACACACACAAGCAAUCUCACAGAUAUAACUAUCUGGUGAACGGCCACGUGAAAUUCUGAGUAACAAUUUGUGAACAUUUUUUCAGAUUUAAUAAAAUAGUGUGUGUGCGUGUGUAUGUAUGUGUAUGUAUGUACAUAGAAUGGGGAGAGAGAGAACUGAUGUAUAAAUAUAAAAAAAUACACCCACAGUAAUUCAGGAUUUAAUUAUUCUUAUUUCUAAUGAAGCUGCUGUUAUAUGUAAUUAAAAAUCAUGUGGCCUUUGUAAAAAAAAAUUAUUUUGGAAAAUUAUUUUUGCUUUCCAUUUCCAGUUUAGAGGGAGAAAAGACUUUAAUUUGCUAAGCCAAUUUUUCUUCCAAUUGUAAAUUAACAUGGCUACUCAAUGAAUAAAUGCCCAUAAAACUCGGAUAAAAUAUUUAAAUCAACAGUAAAUAAAGAAAAAGAAAAGAUAAUUUCUAACAGAAAAAAGUCGUACUAUUUUAAAAACUUUAAGAGACACGCUUAAUGCUAAUAAUAAUUACAAUAUACACAUUUUGCCAAAAUGAAAGAUUGAGCAAAAAAACUGAGCUUUAAACGAUAAUUAUUUCAGUCUUUCUUUUGCAAAUUCAGCUUCCAAAUAUUUGACUGUAGGGAAGAUUUACCAAGCAGAAAAAAAUAUCUGCUUGACAGAGCUAGGUGACAAAGGCAGAUGCAUCCUUACCUCAGAUCCUUUUUGAAGAGGGUGAGAACGAAAAACAUUACAUGCCUUAGAUUAUAUAUAUUAAUUGUAUCUGUGACUUAAUAUAAUUAUCUAAUUUAUAAUUUAUCUAAUUAUUUACAAAUUUUUAAUAUCUUAAACAUAUUUUUCCAUCUCAGUCCCAUCCAUCAUGUUUAUAUAACUUUGCUGUGGCAUUAACACAUAUUUUGAAUAACCUUUAACAAAUAACGA